UCCCGGAAGUGACGCAUGCGCUGAUGUGUGUUUGUUUUCCUGACAGCCGCUGCCGCGUUGAGCUUCAAACGGACAAAAAUCCGUCACAAAUGCAGAUGGACCAGCCGGCAAAGUCGUAUAUGUUUGCCAGUCUGACGCGUCCGCACUCCGAGCAGCUCCUGCAGGGCCUGCAACUCCUGCGACAGGACCAUGAGCUCUGUGACAUCGUACUGCGAGUGGGUGACACCAAGAUUCAUGCACACAAGGUGGUUCUGGCCAGCAUCAGCCCGUACUUCAAGGCCAUGUUCACGGGAAACCUGUCGGAGAAAGAGACCUCGGAGGUGGAGUUUCAGUGUGUGGAUGAAGCCGCUCUCAAGGCCAUCGUGGAGUAUGCGUACACAGGAACCGUCUUCAUCUCACAGGAAACGGUGGAGUCCCUGCUUCCUGCUGCUAACCUACUGCAGGUCAAACUGGUCCUCAAAGAGUGUUGCAGCUUCCUAGAGAGCCAACUGGACGCAGGGAACUGCAUCGGGAUUUCACGCUUCGCAGAAACUUACGGCUGUCACGAUCUCUGUCUGGCGGCCACCAAAUUCAUCUGCCAGAACUUCGAGGAGGUGUGUCAGACGGAGGAGUUUUUUGAACUGACGCGGACGGAGCUGGACGAGAUCGUCUCGAAUGACUGCCUGAACGUGGUGACGGAGGAGACGGUCUUCUACGCCCUGGAAUCGUGGAUUAAAUACGACCCGGCGGAGCGGCAACAGUAUCUCGCUCAGCUCCUGCACUGCGUACGACUGCCGCUGCUGAGUGUCAAGUUCCUCACGCGACUCUACGAGGCCAAUCAUCUGAUUCGUGACGACCACGCCUGCAAACAUCUGCUCAACGAGGCCCUGAAAUAUCACUUCCUUCCCGAACACCGGCUCUCCUACCAGACGGUGCUGUCUACGCGCCUGCGCUGCGCUCCCAAAGUCCUGCUGGCGGUGGGAGGCAAAGCUGGGCUCUUUGCCACGUUGGAAAGUAUGGAGAUGUACUUUCCACAAACGGAUUCGUGGAUCGGUCUGGCUCCUCUUACGGUUCCACGCUAUGAGUUUGGAGUGGCGGUUCUGGAGCAGAAGGUUUACGUGGUGGGCGGUAUCGCCACUCACAUGCAACAGGGCAUCAGCUACCGGCGGCACGAGAGCAGCGUGGAGCGAUGGGACCCUGACAGCAACACGUGGUCCAGCGUGGAGCGUAUGGCGGAGUGCAGGAGCACUCUGGGUGUGGUGGUGCUGGCCGGGGAGCUGUACGCUCUCGGUGGCUACGAUGGCCAGUACUACCUCCAGUCUGUGGAGAAAUAUGUACCCAAAGUGAAGGAGUGGCAGCCUGUGGCACCGAUGACCAAAUCACGCAGCUGUUUCGCCACGGCUGCGCUAGACGGGAUGAUUUAUGCCAUCGGUGGCUACGGCCCUGCGCAUAUGAACAGUGUGGAGAGAUAUGAUCCGAGCAAGGACUCCUGGGAAAUGGUUGCACCCAUGGGUGAUAAACGGAUCAACUUUGGAGUGGGAGUGAUGCUGGGAUUCAUAUUUGUUGUGGGGGGUCACAACGGCGUUUCCCAUUUAUCCAGCAUCGAGCGAUACGACCCGCAUCAGAACCAGUGGACAGCGUGCCGGCCAAUGAACGAGCCCCGCACAGGCGUGGGUUCUGCUGUGGUAGAUAACUAUCUUUAUGUGGUGGGCGGUCACUCGGGCUCAUCGUAUCUGAACGUGGUCCAGCGUUACGACCCCAUCACGGACAGCUGGCACGACUCGAGCGGAAUGAUGUAUUGCCGCUGCAAUUUUGGCCUCACUGCCCUUUGACCCCGGGCGCAAGGAUGCCACCGGACGAGAGAGGACGAGGGGAAACGUGGUUUCUGUUUCUGCAGCGUGUUUCCGCUCAUCUGCGUCACAUUCUGACAUUCACGCAGAGUAUUUAGGACACGUGAGGGCGGCGCGGCCAGCACGGAUCAGAUGAACGCGUGUGUGACCCGUGCCGGAACAUGCAGAGGACGCAGAACGGCAUGUGUGUGAGGCUCGGUUCCUGUACUGCCUCUCUUAGCACUUUCCCCUUUACAUCUGAAAGAUUCUGAUGUGUGUGCGUGCGCGCGAGUGUUGUACUCUGUGAUAAAGGGCUGCCUUGUGUCUUGUACAUAGUGUGAGUAGAUGAUUGUGAACGUGCUGUUGUUCAUCACCUGUUCAUGUAACAAACUGCACUGAGAUACUGACUGUCUGUCUACACUCAUAUUAUCCUCAGUUUCCUCUUUAAACAUCUCACAAGAAAUAUCUGCCUCAUAUUUCACUUAACAUUCAAAAGAAAGAGAUUCUGUAAAUAUUGUGAAGAAAGAAGAUGAAGCCGUCGUGGUAUUAUGUGUUAUUACCACCGUGCACUCCCUAUGAUUACUCUUAUUACUGAACUUUUUAUAAUCUAUGUUUUUCCUUCUAAUGAGAUGUUUGAGGGAAAGUUGUGAUAAAACGAAUGCCACAAAUCGGCUUCUUGUUCUUUACAAACAAUCUUUGUCUUACUGAAAUGUGCGGUUGUGUGAUUUCUGUAUGACUGUGACUCAAACACACACACGCACACAUAUGAAGACUUUCACUCUGAUUGGUGCUAAUUCAGAUCAUUGGGAUGUUUUAUGUUUCUCAUCAGAGGUGAAAGUUGAUUUGUGUCGAGAUGUUUAAGGAGGCGUUACACACCAACAAUCACAGAAUCAAAGAGUUUUUCUCAUGAGAUGCGUUUAGUGUUGAACAGAUAAAGUCAAACGUUGGUGCCAAAACAUUUCCAUCUGCAGUCAAACAGAAGAAAAGUGUCUGGAUCAUUUCAGCGUUCACAUCUGUAGGAAUCACUGAUGCGAGAGUCUGAUGUUCAGUCAUUUUAUUCAGGUUCUUCACAGAUUAACUGACUAAAUGAAUGCGAGCAUUAAUCCACCACUCAACAAACCAUUUUAUACUUUGUAAACACUAAUAUUUCAGUUUGAAAGCAUUAAGACAAUGCAAUAAUGAUAUUUUCUUUACUUUUUUAAACCAUCAAAUUGCCAAGGUGUUUUUGAAAUCCUGUGACUGACUGAAUGGCACAUAAUUCAGUUUUUAUUUUACGAAGUUACUCAUUUUGACUGUCUUUCAAAACCUGUUGUUCAGAUGAGAAUGUGUUUGUUAAAACCACUCUGAUUGGCCAUGAUCAUUUUGACAUUAAAAUGGUGAUGUUCAUUUUGUUGCAAUGAGUUAAACUACUUUCAAACAAUGAAAUGCAUUUCUUUUAUAUGCAGUCAUUACUCAUUUAGCAGAAUUAAGAAAAAAUACACACAGAUUUCAAAGGUCAAGGUGGAAAUGAUUGUGUAUAUCGAGAUGUUUUGUGUUUGAUUAGCAAUAAGAACUGUUUCUUUAUGUUAUGGUGAAUCUUUUAGAAGUCCAAAUCCUCAGACACUUUUUCGAGUAACUGCUGACCAACAUUUGUGUUAUUUGAUUUGGCAAAACUUUAAAGAGGUUGAUUCUCAUUUGUAUGCUGAGCAAACUGUGUGCGCGUGUAUAUAAAGUCAUGAAUAAAUCUCAUGUAAUGUGAGAACACAGAUACAUACAUGAACUGAUGACCUGAGCAGCGCUCUUCAAUUAAAAUCCUUCAGUCAUGAUGUUUUUUUUUAUUUCAAGAGAAUUAAACGAUUCAGAAAUGUAAACAUGCUGAAAACAUGAAACUGCAAAAUGUCGGGGAGAUGUGACAUGCGUGUUUUUAUUGUCCUGACGGUCGCUGUGCUCACCUAAGUGCUUGUUUCUGGAGGACACCAUCAAGUUUGAGUGUCUUGCAUUUUUGGCCACAUAAUGUUUUAGGUCACUGGGAAAUGGGUCUGGUUUGUGUCUUACUGUAGUUGAGUUUUUUUAAUAUACCUAUGGAUUGUUACUGGAAUUAAACAGAGAAUAUGAGCUACAGAUGCACUAUUGUUGGUUUUACAUGAUUUAUCAAGCACUGAGAGAACAUAGCACAGCUUUUUAUUUUUGUUGUGUUGCAGCUGAUCAAAUCUAAAAUAAAGGCCUGGAAAUGUG